AUGGCGAUAUCCCCCUCUUUGGCUCAUCUACCCCGUCUCAAGGUCUCCAUCUUCAAUGCUCUCCAUAUUGUGGGGAAGAAUGAAGACGGGCAGGCAAACAGGAUAGAGCCACGAGGUCAGGCCACGAGGGAUGCUUGCAGGCACCAGCCCGUCGCACGGGGAAUGAGCGGGCUUGCUUUUCAAGGACACGAUUCAUUUACAUGGCGUUUUGCACUCAGGUUCGCGGCAUGUCCUAUGAAUCGUCAAUGCGCUCUGAUGGUUGCGAUUUGGAAACCGAGUGCCAAGAGGAAGCUUGAAGCAAACAUCGUUGCCGCGUCGAUUCGUCCCGCGGGAUCCUGUCCGGCGUUGCCAUAUUGA